CCACCGUGAACCUUUGGAGUUGAGCGUGUUGAUAUGUGGAACACGUGAAUUCAGCCAAAUUCCCACGUGAUGGAUUAAAUCCGAACUUCUAUCCAAGAAAGCUUGUGACCAUUUAAUUAUUUGUGGAUUUUUAAAUAGGUUUUAGUGUGACAUGGGGAAGCCGGUGAAGAAAAGGAGUGUGUGCGAUAAAGUGCGCAAGAGCAGCGCGCACGCUCAGAUCAAGACGAACCCAUUCGAAGUGAAGAUCAACAAGAAGAAGUUUGACGUCCUGGGCCGAAAGAGCAAACACGAUGUGGGACUGCCAGGCGUGUCUCGCUCUAAAGCUCACAACAAGCGUAAACAGACUCUCCUGAAGGAGUUCAGAAUGAAACACAAAGCGAAUUCGUUUAUUGACCGGCGCUUUGGAGAGUAUGACUCCAAGAUGGCACCCGAGGACAAAAUUCUGCAGAGGUUCGCCAUGGAGAGACAGCGCGUUCAGGGGAAGAAGGACAUGUUUAAUCUGAAUGAUGAGGAGCAAUUAACACAUUAUGGACAGUCCCUGGCUGAGAUGGAGAAGUUUACUGAUGGAGUGGAGAGCGAGAGCGAUUCGGAGGAGAAAGGCCUCCUGUCUGCUGAAAUGACGGCGUCACACUUCGGAGGAGGUGGAGGGCUGCUGAGGAAAAAAAACGGUGAAGAAGAGGAUGCAAAUAACAAAACGCGCCAGGAGCUCAUCGAAGAACUUAUCCUCAAAUCUAAACAGGAGAAGAGAGAGCGUCAGAUACAGAAAGACGAGACGCACGAGCUGACAGAGAAACUGGAUCAGGAGUGGAAGUCCAUCCAAAGCCUUCUGUCACGUAAAACUCCCAAAGAACGAGAAGAGGAGAUGGAGAAACCAAAGCUGGACGAAUAUGACAUGAUGGUGAGGGAAUUGGGAUUCGAGAUAAAAGCGCAGCCGUCAGAGAAACUCAAAACCCCAGAGGAAAUCGCCAGAGAGGAGAGGGAAAGGUUGCAGAAACUGGAGGCAGACAGACGGAGAAGGAUGGAGGGUGAGGUGGAGGAAAACCCUCAACACGCACACAUGUCGGCUGAUGACCUCAACGACGGAUUCGUCCUCGACAAGGACGACCGCAAAACUCUGUCCUAUCAGGACGGGAUGUGGAACAUUGAAGAAGAGGAAGGUGCAGGAGAAAAUGAUACUAAGGAAGAAGACGACAACGGUAAUGAAGAUGAGGAGGAGGAGGAUGAAGAUGAUGAUGGUGGUAGUGGUGAUGAAGACAACGAUGAUGAGGAAGAUGAUCGUCACUCAGAUUUGGAGGACAGUGGUGAUGAUGAUGACAAUGAGCAGGAGAAUGAGGGAGAGGAAGAUGAAGAAGAAGAAGAAGAAGGGACGGAGCCCAGUGAUGAAGUGAAGCGCACUGUGAGUGAAGAGGAGAGGAGAGAGAUUCAGGACGCAGCCCGUGCAGAGCUGCCCUACACCUUCACAGCUCCUGAGUGUUACACAGAUCUGAAGAACAUGCUGCAGGGUCAUUUACCUGAUGAACAGUGCCUCAUAUUGGAGAGAACUAAGAAGUGCAAUCAUCCCAGUCUGGCUGUUGGAAACAAAGCUAAAUUAGAGAAGUUAUUUGGAUUCCUGUUGGAGUAUGUAGGGGAACUGGCUACCCACAAUCCCCCACAGCUCACCACUAUCAACAUUCUCAUUCCGCAGAUCUAUUCCCUGUCUCAGCUCUAUCCUGAAGCGGCGUGUCGGGUGAUGCAGACACUGAUCGGCGAUGCCGCUCACAGCAUGGAGCAGAGUGUAGAGGUCAAAGGUCGUGCUGCAAUCCCCGGCCUGGAUAUGCUUGUCUAUCUGAAGAUUGUUUCUCUGCUGUUUCCUACGUCUGAUUUCCGUCAUCCAGUUACGACACCAGCCUUCCUCUACAUCGGCCAGGCUCUCACUAAGUGUGCAGUCGUGUCUCUAGAGAGUGUGUGCACAGGUCUGAUUCUGUGUUGUAUAGCGGUGGAGUAUGUGUCUCUCUCCCGGCGCUUUAUUCCUGAGCUCAUCAAUUACUUGCUGGGGCUCCUGCACCUCGCCGUCCUCACACACACCUGCACAGAUUACCAUGUGGUUCCCCCGUUCAAACAACAAGGGAAGAGCAGUGAGCUGCUGCAUGUGUGUGAUCCGCAGUCUGCUCACAGCUGGACCAGGAAAAGGAUCACGCUGUCAUCAGCACACAGAGUUAUAGCUACUACAGAGAGGGAAAGAGACCACUACAGGUUGUCUGUGCUUUACACAUGUUUGGAUUUGGUAAAGAGAUGCACAGUGCUUUAUCAACAACUUCCUGCUUACCAGGACAUCUUUCAACCAAUCAGAGUCCUUCUCUCAAAACAUCUUCCUGUUACAGAUUACCCAUCAGCCCUACAGGAGCUGCACAAAGAAAUCCUGGAGGUCAUCCCAGAGACACCAUCCCAGCAUGCACCACUGGUGUUUGAUAAGAAGAAGCCCAUCCCUCUUAAACUGUUUAAGCCCAAAGUGGUGGAAGUGCUGGACUAUGGGAAGAAACGAGGGAACACCAAGGAGGAGAAGGAGAGAGAGCGACUGAAACACAAGUAUAAGAAGGAGUUUAAAGGCGCUCUGAGGGAGAUCAGGAAGGACACGCGCUUCCUUGCCAGCACCAAACUAUCUGACACUCUGCGCAGGGACGCUGAGAGAAAGAGGAAGGUGAAGGAGCUGUAUGGUAGUUUGGCCACCCAGGAGGGUGAGUGGAAGGCACUGAAGAAAAGGAAGAGGAAGUAAUGUAACAGUGCAAACCCUAUUUCCUAUGUGAAAAACUGAAACUGUGUACAGUUUAGUGUUCGUCGUGAUUGAGUAACAUAUACUCUUUAUUCUGCAAAACCAUUUUGUACAUUGUGGUAUUUUGUGAAAUAAGCAAAUAAACCCAUACAGUAACUCAAA